AUGUAGGACCCCAUGGAAGACACUCAAUGGAACGAUGUUUUACGUCAAAAAGGCAUUAUACCUCCCAAGCCUAAAGAAGCUGAAGUGACUGAGGAACAAAUUGAAGAUAUGCUUGAAAGUGUUGUUAAGAAUUAUACCUCAAAUGAAAAAAGACCAGAAGAAUUAGAACUUGAUGAUUUAGAUGAUCUCGAAGAUGAAUUAGAUGAGAAAGUUUUCUUGGAAUAUCGUCAGAAGAGAAUGGCUGAAAUGAAAUCAUUAUUACAGGCUUCUAAAUUUGGAGAGGUUUUAGAGAUUACUGGUAAAGACUACAUUCAAGAAGUAAACAAAGCAGGUGAAGGAAUAUGGGUCAUAUUACACCUUUACAAACAAGGAAUCCCCUUGUCUUCCCUAAUGAAUGAUUAUAUUCGUAAUUUGGCCCACAAAUUUCCAACAGUGAAAUUUGUAAAAAGCUUGGCAGGAUUGUGUAUACCCAACUACCCUGAUCAAAAUUUACCAACUAUAUUUGUUUACCUUAAUGGAGAGCUGAAACGCCAGUUCAUUGGAACAAGUUCUUUUAAUACUGGACUUAAACAGGAUGAACUAGAAUGGAUACUUUCAGAAACUGGUGCUUUCAAGACAGAGCUUGAAAAUGAUCCUCGACCAAAAAUUCGUGAUGCUCUAUUCUCACAGCUAAAUUGUGGCAAUAGUCGAGCACAGGAAAGAAAUAAUGACUCUGACAGUGAUUAUUGAUUGUAUGUUGGCGUAAGGAAGACCGACUACAAUAACACAGCGAGCCAAAUCGUCGCUGAAGUUGAUUCCUUCACUCAACUUUCCGCCUAUUGUUUUUUAUCAGUUAAUUAAAUGUUUUUAUGCUGAAAUAGAACAACAAUUGUGCCUUGUACACGAAUAAAGCUUACCAACAACACAGAGCAACAUAGCUCCAUUCUUCCCACCUGCGUUUGUUGGAUUAGCAAACUGUUUUAUACAUCGAGAGUAUUCGUCUAAUACACGAUCAACUUCUUUGGCUUCUUUAGGCUCCCGAAA